GCCGCCUCCCCGCCCUGCCGCCGCCGCCGCCAUGGCGGAGCGGAGCCGCGGCUCUCGGCGGCGGCUGCUGCUGCUGCUGCUGCUCCUGGCCGGCUCCGCCGCCAGCCCGGCCGAGGAGGGAGGCGGGCGGCGGGAGGCGGGCGGCGGGGAGCACGGCGAGGACGCGGCGCGGCACCACGACUCCUCGUACGGCACCUUCGCCAGCGAGUUCUACGACCUGCGCUACCUCUCCGAGGAGGGUUACCCUUUCCCUACUGCUCCUCCCGUGGAUCCAUUCGCAAAAAUCAGAGUGGACGACUGUGGAAAAACCAAGGGAUGCUUCAGGUAUGGUAAACCUGGAUGCAAUGCGGAGACUUGUGACUACUUUCUAAGUUACCGUAGAAUAGGAGCUGACGUUGAAUUUGAGUUGAGUGCCGAUACUGAUGGCUGGGUGGCAGUGGGAUUUUCCUCAGACAAGAAAAUGGGAGGAGAUGAUGUCAUGGCUUGUGUUCAUGAUGAUAAUGGAAGAGUCCGAAUACAGCACUUCUAUAAUGUUGGUCAGUGGGCUAAAGAAAUCCAGAGAAAUCCUGCUAGAGAUGAGGAAGGGGUUUUUGAAAACAAUCGUGUAACAUGUCGAUUCAAGCGUCCUGUAUAUGUUCCCCGAGAGGAAACCAUCGUAGAUCUGCACUUGAGUUGGUACUAUCUGUUUGCUUGGGGUCCAGCAAUCCAAGGUUCUAUAACUCGUCAUGAUAUAGACUCACCACCCGUAUCAGAACGUGUUGUCAGUAUUUACAAGUAUGAAGAUAUUUUCAUGCCAUCAGCUGCCUAUCAGACCUUCUCUUCUCCAUUCUGCUUGCUCCUCAUUGUUGCACUGACCUUCUAUUUAUUGAUGGGAACCCCAUGACCAACGGAAAAUAGCAAGAAUUUGUUGGUGGAAGUUUCUCAGGAUGGACGGCUAUAUGGAUGGAUGAUGCGUUUUUCUGUUGGAAUUUAUAUCCCACCACCAUCCUCAUCUAGCUGCUUUUGAACAUAGUUAGCUUCUCAGAAGAAUGAAAUAACCAUCUCUUUUGAGUGGCAAAGUGGUGACAAAUCAUUUAAGAAUAAUCAGCAAACACAUAGGAGAAUAUUUUCAGUGUUGUGAUUACUUGCUUGAAGAAAAUGACACUUUUGUAAAAUCAAUGUGUGUGUGUGUGUGUGUGUGUGUGUUUGGGAGGGGUUGCCUGUAUGUGUGUUUAGGUGAAUUUAGUGAUGGACAUCUUAUAAAAUAACAAAAUUGCCUUUCAAAUUGCUUUGAAAAAGCAAAUUUAGGAAAACAUUGUAAUGCUGUUUGGUACUUCUGGAGCAGAGAGCACAACUCCAAGUGCAGUUUUGGAUUUUAUAAUCUGGAUAGCAACACAGCAAUAUAAAAUCUGCCCUCAGUAGUGGACAGUUCUCCCAGAUUUUUAUUUAUUUUUUUGGUUUUAUAUUUAUCAAAGAUCACUUGCUGUGGUACUUUCCAAAAGUAAACUUAAAUGUUCAAGCAUUAGCAUGAUUUUUUUUCAAUGAAAAAGGGGUGAUGAACAUCUUUAUUGUGUUUCAACAGCCUUUUUGAAAGAAAUGGCUACUUCUUUUAAGAGUGAGAUAAGAAGUAAUUUAAACAAGGGGAAGGGAGAAUACAGCAAUAUAAAUUCUCCAUGCAUAGGAAAACCAGGUGUAAAACAGGCAGAAUAUAGAAGUUCCCAACAAGCCAUAGGUUGUCCUCCCAAUAGACUAGAUCAAUUUUUCUCUUUUUAUGAAAAAACAGUAAUUUUGCUGACAUGUAAAUACAUUUUUAAGUAGUUGUGCAGUACUAUGAAGUAAUCUGGUUUUCUGUGUUGUAUGCCUCUAUAUCCUGUUCAUGUUAAAGGUGACUGUGGUCAACUGGUGUUAACUUACAAAGGAAUAGAAAUAUAAUGGAGAUUAUUUCUAAGGAAAGACGGGGGUUAAUAAGAAGAGCAAUAUCUUUAGUUCAUCAAACUAUGGCUAGAAUAUAGUUAAAAUAUAGUGGAAAAAGAUGAGCUAAAGAGAAAAUACAUUAGAUUUUUUUAUCACCAAUAAAUAUUUCAAGAUGAAUGUUAAAUAUUACACAAAUGGAAAGUGUCAAAAUGCAUUUAUAAUCCUCAGAACUUUGAGUGGAGAAUUUCUGUUCUUCACAUAAUAGGAGGUGUAUGGCACGUCUACAUGCAGCAGUCAAAUGUGCUUAGAAAAGGUUAAGCAUUCACUUUCCAACUCACAUUAAAAUUCUAUUUAAAUAGAAUAAAAAUCUAAAUAGUGCCAAAGUUUUAUCUAAUGGGGUACACUUGAGGACUCUGUAACACAGCAUCUGGUAAAGUAUGUGAUGGAACUCCUUUCUAUUCUCAUUACUGCAUUGAGUAUAAAAUGAUUAAUUAGCUUUGCUGGGUUUGCAGUAUUAUUCACAGGCUGAUGUUUUUAAACUUAUUUUUUAGGCUCAGAAUUCUUCAAACCUAUGCUUAAGGUAUGUGAAUUAGAUUGAAAAUUAAUUUAUCUUCAUAACAAACACUUUAUCCCUAUUUCAAAAGAAAGAUCAAUUAGUAUUUUAUAUUUUCAUUCAUGUCUUAAGGAUUUGUUCACUUAAAAUUACUGGACUAGAUCUCAGGAGAGGGAAGAAAAAUUCAGAAUGGAGUGAACUUUAUAAGUGCAUAUACUUUAGUGUAAAUUACUUCUCUCAAGUUGGUUAACUUGCUCAUCAUCUGAUGAAGUACACAGUGGAGACCACCUAUGAGAAAGGACUGCUUUGGUCCACAACAGUUGUAUAAUUUAGCCUUAAGAUUGGUUGGAGCAGAUAAGCCAAAGCCUGGAGAAUGACCUUUACAUUCAGCAACCAGGUGAAGGGAAGAAAUCAUUAGGGAAAGUUCUUUCUCCAUGGUGCUGAUUUGUAGGCAGCUGAGAUACUGCAGUUCUUUCUCAGAGCCUGAGGGUUGCUUUAGUCUAUGGCCUUGUAUUUACUACUUUAGUUUCAGCCAUUUACCUGAUUACCUACUAAAGGGCUAAUUUAUUAAUUUAAAGGUACUGAAGUAGGAUAGAAACCUAUUUUGGCUUCUCUUUUCUGUCAUUGUAUUUAUCUCUUUUUGAAGUAUUAGCAGAAAUGUGCUCUUCUAUAAAAACUUUCACCCAAGCUUAAAAGUACUUAGUUAGCCUAAUGAAGUAUUUCUAAUCAAAAGGGAGGAAAUAAAAGGCCACAGCAAGCAGCAAAACAAUCUGUUAUUUGGCAUUUCAGCUGAUGGUUCAGUUUGGCCCUGAGUUUGUCCAAGAGUUGCCCUUCAGAGCAGGAAAAUCAGGAAUAUGAAAUUCAGGUUGACAAACAAAGAAGGCAUGAGUGUUUAGAACUUACUAGUUGGGAUGAAAUCUGAGAAGAAAAAGGGCAUAAGAGAAAUGAAAAGUCUUUACGUCAGUGACACUUGAGUGGGCAUAGUAAAGUAACACGUCAUGGAAGGUAUUUUGGGUUUUUUGGGGGGGGGGUUGUAUUUUUUUGCUUUGUCUUUUUUCUUCUUAAUUUUGAAAAGCAGGAUUGAUUCCUGUUAACCAAAGUGAUGGUCUUCAAAGAAAUUUUUAAGUGAUCAUGGCAUUUCAAAUAGUUUUUUUUAAUUUUUUUUCUAAUUAAUGGGUACCAACACAAAAUGGGAAGAAAAGGCCUGCUUUGGAAAAGGAGGCAGACGUUUCCUUCUCCAAAUAAUUUUUACUUUCUUUAGUGUGACUACUAGUAAACAACUGUUAGAGAAUACAUUUCUAAAGUGCUUUGAGAAUUACUUGCACAGUGACCUAAUACAGAGGCAUAGAGUUUAGAAAUGGCAUGUUUAGAGUAUGGUGUCCUUUGGAAAUUUAACUGUGAUUAAUAAUUAGAAAGAUAGGACUGGUAAAGACCAUAUGGCAUUCAUUAAUGUCCUUGAAUAUGUUCUUUCCAUGCAGAACAAAAUUCAGUUGUGACCAUUGCUUGUUACGUUAACCAUAUUAUCACCCUCUUCUCUCUCUGUCCAUCUUAUAUAGAAUGUUUUACACUCAAAGUUUCUAGAUGAGUUGGAAGAGAAAUCAGUGACAGUGCCUAUUGAAAAAGGACCUUGUUUUUUGACUGUAGUAUCUGACUGAUCCCCUGUUAUAAGCUCGGCCUGAAAUUACUUUAGUUAUAAGUAGGAUAGAAGAGAGAAAAAUGAGUGGAAUGGACAGAAAGUAAUUUUUUUCUUUGCUGGAAUUUAAUAAGUAUGUAUAUUUUUCAGCAUAGGUGAAUUGCUAGUUGAUUUUUCCCCCCUCAAAAAAAAGAAAAAGCCUACCUGAUUCAAUAAUGUUAUUGGAUACAGGGUGAUGCUAUCUUCAAAAUUCUGUUAAUUUAAGGGAAAUACUCUGGUUUUGAAAGAUAACAACAUAUUGAUGACAAAUGUUUGAAAUCCCUCUGCGGCAUUCUUGUCCUUCUUGAUUGGUUUUGCAAUACUUGGAUAGCAGGAAAAUAAAGACCUGUGGCCUCCCUAACCUGAGGAAAUGCCCAGAUUGGGUUAAAUGUUUUCAAAGCUGUGUUGUGCAUUGGCUUUCCCAGUCUUCAGCACAGGGAUUAAAGCAUGGUAUACAUCAGCAGUAUUGAAAUUCGCUUAGGGCACCAUAUCCUGGGUCUGAACCAAAAAGAAGAGCCUUCAUAUACUAAAUAUCUACUACAAAAUGAAAAUAACAAACAGCAUGACCCAUCCUGCACCAAAUCUCUUAAGUACGUAUAUCUUCUUGUUGACAAGAAGCUCAACAUGAUCUGGCAAUCCAGAAAGCCAACUGUAUCCUGGGCUGCAUCAUAAGAAAUGUGAGCAGCAGGUCAAAGGACAUGAUUUUGCCCCUCUGCUCUCAUGAUACUCCACCUGGAGUACUGCAUGCAGCACUGGGGCCCUCAACACAAGAAGGGCCCUGUUGGACCUGUUGGAAUGAGUCUAGAGGAGGGCCACUAAGGUGAUGAGAGGACUGGAACACCUCUCCUAUGAAGAUGGGCUGAGAGAGUUGGGGUUGUUCAGCCUGGAGAUGAGAAGACUCUGGGGACACCUUAGAGCAGCCUUCCAGGCUGUAAAGAGGAGUUAGUAGAUAAAGGAGGACUGGCACACAUCUGUCUUCAUGAUUUUCCAGGUCAUAAUUAGACAUCUGUGUCAUUGAUGAUACUCAGUUAUUUUGUAAGUAAAUGACUGCUAUAAGUUUAAAGGAAGAUGCAGAUCUCCCUGUUUUAUUCAGUCUUCUCCUACUUUCUCAUGCCUCCAAUGCAUCAGACAUUUACAAAGAAGAAAAUAAUUCUUGUUUUAGGGAACAGAUCCUCUGUCUGCUCUUUCAGGGCUUUUUUGGGUCCAAUGGAAGUUUGCACCCUGUGAUAAUCUAGAGGCAAAAUUCAAGUUUAUAUACAAAUUGCAAAACUUUUAUUAGCAUUUAAAUUGCAUUUUGUGAUUCUGUGGUUUCACUGGUUUGCAACACUGCUGUGCAGCAGAUGUACUUGCCCCCCACACUGUUUUUAACAACUCCAAAUAGUUUCCCCAAGAAAAGUAUUUGGUAAGAGCUUUAGAAGAAGGAAUUGCAUAUUUCAGAGAAUUACAGAAGGUCUAAUAUCACUUUUUUUUGGAGGUAACUAUUGUGAGUGUUAGUAUUUUAUACAAAGUCUGACUUUGUGUUGAGCCUUAGAUUUAUAUAGAAUCAGAAGCACAUUUAUGAUAGAAUCAGAAACACAUUUUAAUAUUACUGUAUUUCAGUGCUUCAUGGAGCUGUGGAUGUGCAUAACUUACAGGAAUUGACAUGAUCCGUUUCAACCCUGACUCUACAGCAUGUAAUGAAACUGCCAUAGCAGUUUGCUUGAAUGCUACACAGGCAGUGGUGACAUCAAAUAGUUUGGAACAGAAGAGUGGAGAGACUGGAAGCAAGGGUGAAUGACAAGGAAGGGCUAAUGGUUUUGGCAUACUUUCUAUUUUUGUACGAGUUUACAUGUGGCAGAGUCUGUCUGGAACUCUUUAUCACAAGCAAAUAUUACUUUAUGUGAUGAGAAGGAACAGAGUCUGACUUCAGUGAGUAUUUAGCUUCUAUGCGGGUCCAAGCUGCGUAAGGGCUGAUGUGGGCACCAGGUCAGACUAUAUCAAAAGAUGUCUACUCCCACCAACCUCCAAGGUAAGAGCUAGAGGCUUGAUUCUGCCUUCAGAGGUGUGAAAACCUGUCAAGACCCCAUAGGCAGUCAUAGUAGUCGGCCGCAGUGGGGAGUACCUGCUCAGUUUGUAAAAUGGCCAGUGAACAGGUACUCCCUGCUUGCCGCAGUGUAAAUAUCAAAAGAUGGGGGCUCUAAAUAUUUUCUUAACAGCUUUCCCUGUACAUUAUCUAGUUCCUCUAAUUAAAAUUUCAUUAUUAGUAUUUCUGUAGCAGUGUGUUAGGACAGCUCUUCAUCAACCUGCCCAGGACAGAUAUGGAUCUAACUGGAAGGUUU